CAGUUUUGGCUCAUAAUCAGCUGGAGUGCCUACCCCUCAACACACGCGCGCCACACUCACACACACAGACACCCACACACGCACGCACUCUAGAACCACAGUCUCAGUUCUAAAUUACUCUUGUUUUUUGCGUCAUCGGAAAGGAACCAGCGAGUCAGCGUUCACCAUGGUCAGCGGAGGGCGUGAGUGCAUCUCGAUCCACGUGGGGCAGGCCGGGGUACAGAUGGGCAACGCGUGCUGGGAGCUGUACUGUCUUGAACAUGGGGUACAGCCGGACGGACUUCUGCCCUCUGAUGUGGACUUCGACGAUGACUCCUUCAGGACGUUCUUCAGCGAGACCAACGCCGGGAAACAUGUGCCCAGAGCCGUGUUUGUGGACCUUGAGCCGACGGUGGUGGACGAGAUUCGAACUGGGACCUACAAGUCGCUGUUUUCACCCUCCACACUCCACACCGGGAAGGAAGAUGCCGCGAACAAUUACGCAAGGGGCCACUACACUGUCGGCAAGGAGCAGCUGGAAGUGGUGCUCGACUCCAUCCGCCGCCAAGCCGACAACUGCAAUGGGCUUCAAGGGUUCCUGGUGUUCCACUCGUUCGGGGGAGGCAGCGGUUCGGGUUUCGGGUCGCUGCUCAUGGAACACCUCUCGCUUCACUACCGCAAGAAAUCCAAACUCUGCUUCUCCAUCUACCCCGCGCCCCAGGUCUCAACAGCCGUGGUGGAGCCGUACAACUCUAUUCUCUUCACCCACACCACGCUGGAACACGCGGAUGUGACCUUCAUGGUGGACAACGAGGCGAUAUACGACCUCUGCAACAAGGAGCUUCACAUCACGCGUCCCACCUACACCAACCUGAACAGAAUGAUUGGCCAGGUGGUGUCCAGCAUCACAGCCUCCCUCCGCUUCGACGGCGCCCUCAACGUGGACCUGACGGAGUUCCAGACCAACCUCGUCCCCUACCCACGCAUCCACUUCCCCCUGGCCACCUACGCCCCUGUGGUCUCAGCCGAUAACGCCCUGCACGAUAACUUUGACGUACGCACCAUCACGGCCAAGUGCUUCGACACCUCCCACCAGAUGGUGAAGUGUGACCCCCGCGAGGGCAAGUACAUGGCCUGCUGUCUGUUGUUCCGCGGCGAUGUGGUGCCCAAGGACGUCAACUCCGCCAUUGCCGAGACCAAGCUCAAGAAGAACAUGACCUUCGUUGACUGGUGCCCCACUGGCUUCAAGGUGGGCAUCAACUACCAGCCGCCCACCGUGGUCCCGGGCGCCGACCUGGCCAAGAUGGACCGGGCCGUGUGUGCGCUGUCCAACACCACGGCCAUCAAGAGUGCUUGGGAGCGCCUCGACCACAAGUUUGACCUCAUGUACCACAAGCGUGCCUUUGUCCACUGGUAUGUGGGCGAGGGCAUGGAGGAAGGGGAGUUUGCGGAGGCGCGGGAUGACUUGGCGGCUCUCGAAGCAGACUACAGUGAGGUGGAGUCUUCGUCUGCUGAUUACGAUGAGUGAUGGAGAGUUUGCCGAGGCGCGUGAGGACUUGGCCGCGCUGGAGAUGGACUACGCUGAGGUCCAGGAGUCCAACCCAGAUGACGAGGAUGAAGACUACUGAGAUGACCUCCCUCCCUCCCUCAUCACUACCUUCCCCUCCUUCCUCCCCCUUGCCCUCUUUACCUACCUCUUCUCUCCUCUGACUCAUUACCUCUUACCACCUCCUGCUCUCCUCUUCUUUUUCCCUCCCUACCUCUUCUAGCCAGGGAAAGGAAGAGGAAAGGAAGGAAGAGGUCUGGGUAUCACUCCUGCCCUCAUUUUCUUCCAUCUUCCCUCCCUCAUUCUCUACCUUUUCAAGUCAGGGAGAGGGAGAGGGAAGGAAGGCCUGCCUGCCCCCACUCCUGCCUCAUCUCAUCCUCGUCACCACUCAUGUUUGCAUCACCGUCACAGCCACACAGUUGUUGCGUUUGGCCCACCCACCGUCCACUCAUGUAUAGACUUCUAUAAGGGUUUUGUGUGAAGGCGUUUGCUCAUAUAGAUAUGUAGGGAUCACUAUUUUUGUUUGGGUUCAUCAAGUAGAUUUACAACUAUAUGUAAUUCACUCAUUGUCUGAUCACGUGUUAGACUCGUGAUUGCCAGUACCCUCGCAGAAAGCGCUUAAGAGCUCAUUUGCCGAUCUCUGGGCAAAACCAGGAUCUCAACCCCUCUCACCCACCUUGUUCAAGGGGGCGCAGUAACUACUACUUUUCAGUAGAAAACCUUUUGGCCUGAGCAAGGUGCAAACCUUGUGAGUGUGUAAGUGUUUCCAUUACUGGUUCUUUCAUCCACAGUACAAGAAAAAUGUAAGUUGAUUUAACUAUGAAAUAUGUUUUUUGUGGGAUUUUGCCAUGUAGAGAGAAAACAAAACUUCCUUAUUCUGUUGGGUUAGAUCAUGACCAUAAGCAUGUGUGCCUUACUAACGCCCUCAAUGCCAUGAUGAAAAAUGAAGGAUGGAUUGUAGACUUGCGAGAUCUCAGUGAGGAAUCUGACACUAACUAUGCACAAUAAAUGUGUAUUGAUAAUUUACUUUUAAAAAAUUGACAUGGAAGCUGGUUGUGGGGCUUUAAUCAUGUAAACUAACACUAUUUUGUUGGGUUAGACCAAGGAAUGUAGCUGUGUGUGUGGGGGUGUCUUAUUCCUCAAUAAUAGGAGAAAAAAAAUAAUGAAUGAAUGGUAGACUUGAGAGACCUACAUAAGGAAUCUAACACUGUAUUUAAGAAUGGAACACCUUACUCAUGGGGUUAGAUCCUGUAGCCAUGCGUGUGUGCCUUACUAAAGCUUUCAACUCUAUAAGGAAACCAAUGAAUGAAAUAAUGCUCAUGGGAUAAUAUGUACGAGUAACUUAUAGAUGUAACACCCUUCAUCUGCAGGGUUAGACCACGUAGUUAUGUGUGCCUUACUGUUUUUAUCCUGUAUACUCAGACAACCAAGUGAUGUGACCUGUUGAAGGGAACCAUGGGUGUGUUGAAGGGGAUUCUGUAGCGUUUAGAAGGGUUGAGGCGGCUGUGUACUGUGCAAGAAACACUAACUCCUGAACUAA